GAUGUCGGACACCAAGGUGAAAGUGGCCGUCAGGGUCCGGCCCAUGAACAGGAGAGAGCUGGAGCUGAACACCAAGUGCGUGGUGGAGAUGGAAGGGAACCAGACGGUGCUUCACCCGCCGCCGGCCAGCGCCAAGCAGGGAGAAAGAAAACCACCGAAGGUGUUUGCCUUUGAUCACUGUUUUUGGUCCAUGGAUGAAUCCAACACCACAAAAUAUGCAGGUCAAGAAGUGGUGUUCAAGUGCCUUGGAGAAGGAAUUCUUGAAAAGGCCUUUCAGGGAUAUAAUGCUUGUAUAUUUGCCUAUGGACAGACAGGUUCAGGAAAAUCGUUUUCAAUGAUGGGCAAUGCAGAGCAGCUGGGUCUGAUCCCACGGCUCUGUUGUGCUUUAUUUCAGAGAAUCUCUGUGGAAGAAAAUGAAUCUCAUACUUUUAAAGUUGAAGUGUCCUAUAUGGAAAUCUACAAUGAGAAGGUUAGAGAUCUCCUUGAUCCAAAAGGGAGUCGGCAGUCACUUAAGGUUCGAGAGCACAAAGUGCUGGGCCCCUACGUGGAUGGCUUGUCUCAGCUGGCUGUUACAAACUUUGAGGAUAUUGAGUCACUGAUGUCGGAGGGAAACAAAUCUCGAACAGUUGCUGCAACCAACAUGAAUGAAGAAAGCAGUCGCUCUCAUGCUGUGUUCAAUAUCAUAGUGACUCAGACACUGUAUGACCUGCAGUCUGGUAAUUCCGGAGAGAAGGUCAGCAAGGUCAGCCUGGUGGAUUUGGCUGGCAGUGAAAGAGUGUCCAAAACGGGAGCUGCGGGAGAACGUCUGAAGGAAGGCAGCAAUAUAAACAAAUCACUGUCGACACUGGGCUUGGUUAUAUCCUCACUCGCUGACCAAGCAGCAGGGAAGGGGAAAAGCAAGUUUGUGCCUUACAGAGACUCUGUGCUCACCUGGCUUCUCAAGGACAACUUGGGAGGAAACAGCCAAACUGCCAUGAUAGCCACAAUCAGCCCGGCCGCGGACAACUACGAAGAAACGCUCUCCACUCUGAGAUAUGCAGACAGAGCCAAGAGGAUAGUUAAUCAUGCCGUGGUGAACGAAGAUCCAAAUGCCAGGGUCAUCAGAGAAUUACGUGAAGAAGUUGAAAAACUGAAAGAACAGCUCUCUCAAGCUGAGGCCAUGAAAGCUCCAGAACUGAAGGAAAAAUUGGAAGAAUCAGAAAAAUUAAUAAAAGAGCUAACAGUCACCUGGGAAGAAAAACUAAGGAAAACAGAAGAAAUUGCACAGGAGAGGCAAAGACAGCUAGAGAGCAUGGGAAUAUCACUAGAGUCUUCAGGUAUCAAGGUGGGGGAUGACAAGUGUUAUCUGGUAAACCUGAAUGCGGACCCUGCACUCAAUGAGCUGCUGGUUUAUUAUUUAAAGGAUCACACAAGAGUUGGUGCAGAUACCUCUCAGGAUAUACAGCUCUUUGGUAUAGGAAUCCAGCCAGAACACUGUGAGAUUGAUAUUGCUGUAGAUGGAGAAGUUACACUGACCCCAAAAGAAAAUGCAAGAUCCUGUGUAAAUGGUGCACUAGUGUGUUCUCUCACUCAGUUAUGGCAUGGAGACAGAAUAUUAUGGGGAAACAACCACUUCUUUAGAAUCAAUUUGCCCAAGAGGAAACGAAGGGACUGGCUGAAAGAUUUUGAGAAAGACGCUCCCCUGGGCGAGCAUGACCUGGAUGCAGCUAGUGAAGCUUCUUCAGAACCAGACUACAAUUAUGAGUUUGCACAAAUGGAAGUUAUUAUGAAGACACUGAACAGCAAUGACCCGGUGCAGAACGUGGUGCAGAUUCUGGAGAAGCAGUACCUGGCGGAGAAGCGGAGCGCGCUGGAGGAGCAGCGGCUCAUGUACGAGCGCGAGCUGGAGCAGCUGCGGCAGCAGCUCUCCCCGGAGCGGCAGCACCCGCACGGCGGCGAGAGGCUCGCGUACGCGGCGCACGCUGCUCAGCACAAAGUGAGCCUCUGGGCAGAGGAGAGGGAUGAAUUGUUUCGACAGAGCCUGGCUAAGCUUCGAGAACAGAUAGUAAAGGCCAAUACGCUGGUGAGAGAAGCCAACUUCCUAGCAGAAGAAAUGAGCAAGCUAACGGAUUACCAAGUAACCCUCCAGAUCCCCGCGGAAAACCUCAGUGCCAACAAAAAGCGGGGUGCAAUAGUAAGUGAGCCUGCUAUUCAGGUGAGAAGAAAAGGAAAAGCUACUCAAGUGUGGACUAUUGAGAAGCUGGAGAACAAAUUGAUCGAUAUGAGGGACCUCUAUCAAGAAUGGAAGGAGAAAGUUCCUGAGCUAAGGAAGAUCAUUGGCAAAAGAGGCGAUCCCUUUUAUGAAGCACAAGAGAACCACAACUUAAUCGGCGUCGCCAACGUCUUCCUGGAGUGCCUCUUCUCCGACGUGAAGCUGCAGUACGCUGUGCCCAUCAUCAGCCAGCAGGGCGAGGUUGCAGGGCGGCUGCAUGUCGAAGUAAUGCGGAUCACCGGCUCUGUCCCAGAACGUGUCGCAGAAGGGGAUGACUCAUCUGAGAACUCCAGUGAGAGUGGGAGUCUGGAAGUCAUGGAUAGCAAUGGCGAAAUUAUCCAGAGACCAAAAAAGCUCUCCUGCAGGGUGAAAAUAAAAGAAGCGACUGGCCUGCCACCGAACCUCUCCAACUUUGUCUUCUGUCAGUAUAUGUUUUGGGAUCAAUGUAUAUCAACAGUAGUGGCACCAGUGGUAGGUCCAGAUGUGCCUUCAGCUCAGAGCAAAGACGCUCAUUUUACAGUGACCUUCUCUCACUGCAAGGACUAUGUGGUGAAUGUCACAGAGGAGUUUUUGGAGUUCAUUUCAGAAGGAGCUCUUGCUAUAGAGGUCUGGGGUCACAGGUGUACAGGCAACGGCAGCUCCAUUUGGGAAGUGGAUUCUCUUCAUGCUAAAACUAGGACACUGAGAGACAGGUGGAAUGAAGUAACUCGACGAAUAGAAAUGUGGAUUUCCAUACAAGAACUGAAUGAGAUGGGAGAGUAUACCGCAGUUGAACUCCACCAGGCAAAGGAUGUCAACACAGGGGGCAUUUUCCAGCUUAGGCAGGGCCAUUCUCGCAGAGUGCAGGUGACGGUGAAGCCCGUGCAGCACUCGGGCACGUUGCCCCUCAUGGUCGAGGCCGUCCUCUCAGUCUCCAUAGGAGGUGUGACAGCCAGGUCAACUAAGCUGCAGAGGGGCCUGGACAGCUACCAGAAGGAUGAUGAUGAUGGUGGUGAUAUGGAUAGUUACCAGGAAGAAGAUUUAAACUGCGUGCGAGAAAGAUGGUCUGAUGCACUGAUAAAGCGCCGAGAAUACUUAGAUGAGCAGAUUCAGAAGAUCAGCAAUAAACAAGAAAAAUCAGAGGACGAUCUAGAACGGGAAGCCCGGCUCGUGGAACAGUGGGUAGGGCUGACGGAAGAGCGGAACGCCGUGUUCGUGCCCGCGCCAGGCAGCGGAAUUCCUGGCGCCCCCGCAAACUGGGUUCCCCCUGCAGGAAUGGAGACGCACAUCCCUGUCCUCUUCCUUGACUUGAAUGCUGAUGACCUCAGUGCCAACGAGCAACUUACAGGUCCCCAUGCAUCAGGAGUGAACUCGAUACUACCAAAGGAGCACGGGAGCCCCUUCUUCUACCUACCCAUCAUCAAACACAGUGAUGAGGAGGUGUCGGCCACGGCCGCCUGGGACUCCUCGGUGCACGACUCGGUGCACCUCAACAGGGUGACUCCGCAGCACGAGAGGAUCUACCUGAUCGUGAAGGCCACGGUGCAGCUCAGCCACCCGGCCGCCAUGGAGCUGGUGCUGCGCAAGAGGAUUGCGGCCAAUAUUUACAACAAGCAGAGUUUUACCCAGAGCCUGAAAAGGAGAAUAUCCUUGAAAAAUAUAUAUUAUGCCUGUGGAGUGACCUACGAAAUAGUAUCCAAUAUCCCAAAGGCUACAGAAGAAAUUGAGGAUCGUGAGACCUUGGCGCUGAUGGCUGCGAGGAGUGAGAACGAGGGGACGUCUGAUGGGGAAACCUACAUGGAGAAAUACACCCGGGGCGUCCUGCAAGUGGAGAACAUUUUGAGCCUGGAACGACUAAGGCAGGCAGUGACAGUGAAAGAAGCCCUGUCCACCAAGGCGAGGAACAUCCGCCGGAGCAUCAGCUCGCCCAACGUCCACAACGUGUCCUGCAGCCGAUUAGAUCUUUCUGCCUGUGAUGAAGAUGACAAGGGUUGGUCUGAAAGUCACCUAGAUAUAUCUGACUGUUCUUCCAGUUACCAAGAUGUUUCAUGCUAUGGUACUUUACCCAGGGAGUCCGCACGCAAGAACAAGGAUGGCAGUGGUGUCGUAUCAGAGAAUUCCCAUGCUUUAAUGGCAAGUCCCUUUAAAGCAUUUUCUCCUCAGCCACCAAAGUUUUUCAAACCAUUAAUGCCCGUGAAAGAGGAACAUAAAAGAAAGACCCCACUUGAAAGGCGACCUCUGCUUAGUCAAGAGGACUCUGAGGAGGAAGACAGCGAGUUGGAGGCCAUUAAUAAGAAGUUAAGCCCGCAGGGUUUUCCAAGUUUCCGGCCUUACGUCCCAGAGGAGUUUGCCGACUUCAGUGUUUACAAUGCUAGCCUGGAGCACAGGGAAUGGUAUUCCUCUAAAACGGACUUCGUGAGUUCGCGUGCUCUUGACAAAGAGGUAUCCCGCAGCCCCACCACGAGCAGUAUCACUAGCGGCUACUUUUCGCACAGUGCCUCUAACGCGACUCUGUCUGACCUGCUUGUUCCCUGUAGUGAUAGCACAGAGCAGCUGGCCGCUCCCGCCAGGGAGCUGCUGGAGCCCGGCGACUCCCCGGCACUGCCCCUUGCCCACGAGCUCAGAACUCCUCUCACCAAGGAGCUGGCAGAGCCAGAAAAGGAGCUAGUGACUGCCAAGGUGCCCGCGUCGCCGCUGAAACCGACCAGUGCCUUAACGGAGCAGCCCUGCCUGUGCCGCAACGCCGCUAACACUGACUCCCCGCAGUUCCCCGCAGCCGCAGCGCUCUCAGCGUUAGGUUCCUCCAAUGACAGGAGUCCCUGUGGUACCGUUGAGUUUUCCACGCGUGAAGCGACCGUUGAGCACACAACAGACAUCCUGGAAGACCAUUCCUUCACCGAGUUCAUGGGCGUCGAAGACGGAAAGGACUUGGAGCACUCGACAGCUCCUCCAGGCUGUCCCGGCGCCGCCUCCAACGGGGCGAGCGGCUCCGGUGGGGAGCAGAGCGCCCACCCGGGCCCACCGGGCUCCGCAGAUCCCGGCGGCGGUGCCGCGGGAAGCCGUGAGGAGGCCUUGGAGCCUCGGAGUAGCCCGGAGGCUCCCACGCUUGACUUCCUCGGGAAGGAUCCUUUGGAUGCAUCUGAUGGCGAGGAAGGUGCCCCCACGGAUCAGGCCCACGUCCUGCCCAGCUGGGUGGCAGUGGGUGAGCAAGUUUGUGUUGGAAGUAAUAAGAUGGGCACGGUGAGAUACAUCGGACCGGUGGAUUUUUCAGCUGGAAUCUGGAUUGGCGUCGAGCUAAACGUUCAGCUGGGGAAGCACGCCGGGACGGUGCGAGGCCGCGAGUACUUCCAGUGCAAGCCGCGACACGGCGUCUUCGUGCGGCCCGGGCGCCUCCGCCGAGCGCCCGCCGGCGCCAGGAGGGCGAGCGGCGCUGGCCGCCCGCAGGCGCCCGCCGCCCCGGAGAAGCGCCGAGGAUCCCUGCCCCGCGGCUCCGUGCCCACCGCCAAGCCCGCCGGAGACGCCCUCUGGCACUCGGGAGAUGCGGCCGCUUCCGCCUUCUCCAGGAAGCAGGAGAACAGGAGAUCGUGGAUUAACUGAACGGCAGUAUUUUUGCACUUACUACACACAGCGCUGUGUGGGAAACUAUGGGAUUUUUUGAAGCUAUUGUACAUUUAAAUCUGUCCGUACCGAAUGUGUACUCUCUAGAGUCUUUGACCUAAUUCCCUUAUUUUUUAUAAAUAAUAUAUAUAUUAUAUAUAUGAAUGUGUAUCUGUAGGUUGUCUGCCGCUGGCAGAUGGGGCUGCACACUAAAAUAGAGUUAAAGCUGAUCUGUAGAUAACCGAGGUACGGGACUGUUUGUUACACCACAACUUGGGAGAUAUAUUUUAAACAACAAAGAAAAUAUUUUAUUGUGGAAAAACAGGAUGUAAAUCCCUAUUUGGAGAAAAAAAACAAACAACACUACGGUUUGCUGUUCUUAAUUACCAAAGAACUUGUUUCAGACUGUCACGUUUGCUGUUUGUAUCCUCGCGUGGUCAGUGUUUUGCCUGCAAGCUGGGUGCCAAGUAGCCUCCCGCGCGCGGGAGCGGCCGGCUGCUGCGUGUCCUCUCCUCUCCGUGUGGGGAGGAGAGGACGGCCCCGGGGGGCUCAGCUUGGGGGGCUUCUGUGCUCUGGUUUUGGUGGCGGGGGGGAACUGUGGGAGACGAAGCAGCAGCAAAUGGAUCGUGACUGCAGACUUUGCACUUGUUACUUGCUGGUUGUUAUCAAGGUGAAGUAGAACCUGCUCAAGUAAUCUUAAUCUGUAAAGUUUAUUUUAAUAGUGGGAAUAAUGGAGGGAUUUGUGUGUGGUGCUCACGAAUUCCUAAGAAGGUUGUUCCACGUGUAGAUACUGUAGAUGCCUGUACAAGUCGUUCUGGAUAUUUGUAAAGUAACACGGUGAAAAUGGGUGACGUGAGUGGCCUGCUGUAUCUGUCCUGUGUUCCCUAGCCAGUGAAUGAGUGAGAUACCUGGGACCUUACUGAAAAGCUGCUGUUUGUUCUUUGAUUGUUGUGUACAGUAAGCGGACUCUAGUAUUUUGCUAUUUACUGUAAAGAACUGUAAUUUAUAUACUGCCAUACUGUAUUUAAUUGGUACAGACCU